AAGAUGAUACAAGCUGGUUAACCGUCACUCCUAAACCAAAUCGCCCUAAUCUUGCUUUUUAAAUAUUACAAUGGUUGUUAAAGUCUAUGGUCCAGACUAUGCUAACCCAAAGCGGGUGAUAGUGUGCCUCAUAGAGAAGGAAAUCGAGUUUGAAACGGUGUUUGUUGAUGGCUUCAAGGGGGAGCAUAAGAAGCCUGAGUACCUCAAGUUGCAGCCUUUUGGAUUGCUUCCUGUUGUUCAAGAUGAUGAUUAUACUCUUUAUGAAUCAAGGGCAAUACUUCGGUACUAUGCUGAAAAGUACAAAAACCAAGGGACUGAUUUGUUAGGGAAGACAAUAGAAGAAAGGGGUCUUGUGGAGCAAUGGCUUGAAGUUGAAGCCCAUAACUAUUACCCACCAAUCUAUAACCUGGUCAUGAAUAUUUUGGUUUCUCCAUUAUUGGGUCAUCCAUCAGACCAAAAAGUUAUUGAAGAGAGUGAAGAAAAACUAGGGAAGGUGCUUGACGUUUAUGAGGAAAGGCUAUCCAAGACAAAGUACUUGGCAGGGGAUUUCUUCAGCCUUGCUGACCUUAGCCAUCUCCCAUUUACUCAUUAUUUAAUGAAUCAAAUGAAAAAGGAGCAUAUGGUUAGAGAAAGAAAGCAUGUGAGUGCUUGGUGGGAUGAUAUUAGCAACAGGCCAUCUUGGAAGAAGGUUCUUCAACUAUACAAAUACCCUAUCUAGUUGCUCAUUAGCUAGAAGAAAUAACUAGUGUUUCUAUGACCUUCGGAAUAAAAUGUAGCCUUGGCUUCAUGGUAGUAGUAGCCAUGGAGUUUGAUAUAAAGUUAUGUAUGAAAGUUACCUACGAAGCUUUCAUGGUAAAAAUAAAAUAGUAUUUUAAUA